AUGGAGAUGUCUAUCAAGGAAAAUCCGAUGCCGAGAAGCGAUUCGACCAGUUCGAACCAACUUUUUAUUGCUGAGAAUUUAGAUUUGCCCGACGAUACUUUUCGUAUGAGUUUAGAUUAUUUGACUGAAAUUGGAGAAAAUGUUACAAUAGGGGGCAGGGACACGUCAAUAGAUAGCGUAAGCGUUAAACACGAUUCUAACACUGCAAAGACACCUUCAAUGCCUAUAACUCCUACAUCUUCGACUCACAAAUCACCGGUCCUUGAAUCUCCACUUUUACCCACUGAGAAUCAAUCAUGCGAAACGCCAAAGCUUCUAGACGAACUAAAAGAUUGUAAACAAAUCAAUCUAUUGAAGCAAUCACUCGUAAAAAAAAGAAAACGAUGGUUUCGUAAGGCCAUCGCCAGUGGCGGAAUUAAUGUCGCCAGCUAA